GUGGUCUCUGACCUAUCUUAUCAUAAGAAAAUAAUAAAACAGAAAAGUAAAUGUCUUGGUAAACGUUUUGAAUAAUUAAUGAAUAACCAUCCACUAGCAAGAGAUAAAGAAAAACGUUUGUGGCUUUUUAUUAGCAUGGUUAAAGAUCAGGUCACAGAAAAUAUGGUCAUAACACAUUUAGAAAAAAAGUGUGACAGAAAAGACUUGUUAUCUGUGAAGGAAGUACGAACAUAUAAAAAAACUGCUAACAACAAAUGCUUUAAGAUCAGAAUGCAAUAUGAUCCUAUGAUCAGGCGUACAUUGGAGGUUUCUGGCCACGUGGGAUGGCAGUCUACCAGUACGACUUUAGAAAAUAAGAAAAUAGAUAUAAAAACAACAAGGAAGCAGACCUACUAGAUGAAAAUUUUCUGGAUGUCAAUCAAAUGCAAGACCUGACAUAAUUCUAACAGAAGAAUAU